CCUCCUCCUCUCCUCCUCUCCCUCUCUUUCUCUCCUCUCCUCCUCUCCUCCCCUCCUCCCCCUCUCUCUCUCUGUGGAGCAGGCGUGUAGCGGCAUCAGACUCGGCGUGAAGGAACCAUGAGCGAUGUCACCAUCGUUAGAGAGGGAUGGCUCCAGAAACGGGGUGAAUACAUAAAGAACUGGCGACCGCGUUACUUCCUGUUGAAGACAGACGGCUCCUUCAUUGGCUACAAAGAGAAACCUCAGGACGCAGACCUGCCCUACCCCCUAAAUAACUUCUCUGUAGCAAAAUGUCAGCUGAUGAAGACAGAGAGGCCAAAGCCAAACACCUUCAUCAUACGCUGCCUCCAGUGGACCACAGUCAUCGAGAGGACCUUCCACGUGGACACUCCUGAUGAGAGAGAUGAGUGGACUGACGCCAUUCAGAUGGUCGCCGACAAGCUGCAGAGACAAGAGGAGGAGAGGAUCCAGUGCAGCCCCACCUCCAACAUCGACAACAUGGUGGAGGAGGAGAUGGACAUCUCGACCAUACAACACAAACGCAAGACAAUGAGUGACUUCGACUACCUGAAGCUGCUGGGAAAGGGAACCUUUGGCAAAGUGAUUCUGGUCCGAGAAAAGGCCAGCGGGAAAUAUUAUGCCAUGAAAAUCCUAAAAAAAGAAGUCAUCAUAGCCAAGGAUGAAGUGGCUCACACACUCACAGAGAGCAGAGUACUGAAAAACACCAGACAUCCUUUUCUCACCUCGCUGAAGUAUUCAUUCCAGACUAAAGACCGCCUCUGUUUCGUCAUGGAGUAUGUGAAUGGAGGAGAGCUGUUUUUCCAUUUGUCCAGAGAGCGGGUGUUCUCGGAGGAGCGCACGCGCUUCUACGGCGCCGAGAUCGUCUCAGCUCUCGACUACCUGCAUUCCGCCAAGAUUGUGUACCGGGACCUCAAGUUGGAAAACCUGAUGCUGGAUAAAGAUGGCCAUGUCAAGAUCACUGAUUUUGGCCUCUGCAAGGAGGGGAUCACAGACGCUGCUACCAUGAAGACCUUCUGUGGCACUCCAGAGUACCUGGCUCCAGAGGUCCUGGAGGACAACGACUACGGCCGGGCGGUGGACUGGUGGGGUUUGGGUGUGGUGACGUACGAGAUGAUGUGCGGCCGACUGCCGUUCUACAACCAGGACCACGAGAAGCUGUUUGAGCUCAUCCUCAUGGAGGACAUCAAGUUCCCUCGCACUCUGUCGUCCGACGCCAAGUCGCUGCUGUCCGGCCUGCUCAUCAAGGACCCCAACAAACGGUUGGGUGGAGGACCAGAUGAUGCUAAAGAAAUAAUGAGACACAGCUUCUUCACUGGUGUUGACUGGCAGGGCGUCUACGAUAAAAAGCUCGUCCCGCCCUUCAAGCCCCAGGUGACGUCGGAGACAGACACCAGAUACUUUGACGAGGAGUUCACAGCCCAGACCAUCACCGUCACUCCACCAGAGAAAUUUGACGAGGACGGGAUGGACUGUCUGGACAACGAGAGACGGCCGCACUUCCCGCAGUUCUCCUACUCGGCCAGCGGGCGGGAAUGAUCAGUCCGUCACGCGGCAACACCGUCACAGCUGAUCUCUGAGGUCAUCAGUGUGGGACAUAAACAAAGACCCACAGCUUUGGACUGACCCAAAACAAACAAUGACUCGAAGGAUUUAGCCCUUCUCCUCCUCUUCUUCACCUCUCUAUCCAUUAAUUUAUUCUUAUUUUGUGUAUCCAUCUCUAGAAAGAAAUUCCAGGCAAAAUUUCCCUCUAAAUCCUGCACUGCAUCCCCAGGUGAUCCGAGCUGUGAUGUGAUCACUUACUAUGUAAUGUCCCUUUAAUGACAGGAGCAUCACCGGUGGCCUGCUGUGCUUUGACGUGUGUGCGUCCAAACAAACGUAAAACAAGCGCCUCUGAUCAAGUUAGACGACAACGUUUUUUGUAGCUUCCCAUCCGUACGAGGGAGAUACAGUGUUUCAAGUCGUGCGAACCCAAAACUGCCGUUUCCGGUUGUAUCUCAGGCUUUUUGCAAACAGAUUCUCAGACUCAGCGAGACGCUCGGCUCUGAUUUCAUGUCCUGACGUAGAUAAUACAUCUGGGAUCGACUGAGGCUGCCUGGCGUUGAGGAAACAGUUGUCGCCGACGAGCAGAGUCCUGCACACCUCGUGUCACCGAGCAGGAUUUGACUCAGGUUUUGCUCAGUGCAAUUCAUUAUUAUUGUUGCUGCUAUUUCAACUACUACUACAACUACUACAGGUACUACUGCUAUACUUCUAAAACCCGGUGCUACACUACUAGCUUGAUGCUGCAGGUCAUUACACAGGCGCCAGCAACACAUCAGCCACCUGUAUCCACGUCCAUGCUUGUACAGCUGCAGCACAGACGUUACCACGACAGGUCUGUAGAUCCAGAUGAUGGGAUGUGAUGUGAGUGUGAGUGUGUGCGAGGUACUAUUGUGAUUGUCGUCAUUAUUAUCGGUCUGUGUUGAAGAUCGCACCUCAAAGCACAGCAGCUCAGAAGGAUGAAGCUCCCAAACCGUGAGCUUUACUACGUUACCCACAAUGCAGUGCAAGGUGGUUAAUAUAUCCGGUCACCCCCUUCCCCAGAGUUCUUUCUCUUUUAUUUAUUUCUCAAACAGCUGAGUCCCUCUGAGUUUCAGUCUCCGUCACAAAAGGGAAAAAACAUUCUGAAGACUUCUCAGCGUGGACGACGACGGAAAGCUUUACUGUGACGUGUUCUCACGGCUUUGGGAAGCACACGGCUGUGCCUGUGUGUGUCCCUGUGUGUGUCCCUGUGUGUGUGUCCCUGUGUGUGUCCCUGUGCAGGAAAGGGACAGACUCACCGCAGUGUGAAGAGUAGAGUCCAGGACGGCAGGUCCACAGUGAAGAGCAGAGAGAGAGAGAGAGAGAGUGUGUGUGUGUGUUCAGGUAAACGGCUCCAUGAAUGAUACAAUAUGAGAUAUUUACAAUGUGAUAUUUUAUGAGGUGUCCACGAGCGAGGUAACGGUCAAUCUCCUGUUUCCUGUGACUUCCUCACCAAGGAUUUAAAACGAUGCGGUCACCGAGGUGGUUCGCAUCAGAGGUUUUGGGUUUACACCAUCACAGCAAAGGCUAUAAUAUAUACAUGUUCUAUUUAUUGUUCUACUCAUUGGUUUUAUAUUUAACUUUUUCUAUUGUUAUGACGUUAUUCUAGAGAUAAUUAUUUCUUAGGGCUGAGAGAGAGAGAGAAAAAAAAAGGCACCUCAAGAAACAAAAAUGGCUGAAGAAUGUAGGAGGGAAAGCAGAUCGCCUUCCUGCUCCAUCGUUUAUUUUAAUGUGUGUUGUUUUCUGACUGAAACGUGACGGGACGCGUGGAAGACGACGAGAGUUUCACUGUGAGCAGAUUAAAGAAAAAAGGAGAGGAAACCAAUUCCUUCUUCAACUUUAUCCAAAUCCUCCCACGGGUGUCGAGCGUGAAGCCGCACGUCACCUGACACUGACACGAAUGUCCGCCAUCUUUAAUCUGGUCACAGGUUCGAGGCGGCGAAGUUCAGAGAGAGGAAGACGAAGUCGAGUCGAAAAGAAAAAUGAGUGCAGCACAGAAUGUAAAGCAGGAAGUGAGGAAAGAGUUUCAGGACUAAACUAAAGUGCGUGGAGGUGAGCGAGAGCAGGAAGUCGAAGAGGAAGUGCGAGAGGGUUCGAGGGUUAGCGUUUGUAGGAUCUUCACACGAGACUCUCCUCCAUCUUUGAACGUGUCCCGACAUUUCUCCGGUCCUGUUUGUUUUGUCGUCAUUGUCUUCCAGUUUGACCAACAACGAUUCUGAACUCCGGGCCGGUUGAGCCACGAGCUCCAAACUUUGACAUCCAGCACUUCAGAGUUAAAAAAAAAACUAAAUCUGAGAUAUAUUUUCCAAGAAAAAUCCAAACUAGCGUCACGUGGAA